UUGGCCGCGAGAGAGAGGGAGAGAAGAAACAAUUCUCCGUCGUUGCAUCCAGGUCAGGUUAUUUCUUGAAGUCAUGGUUUCUUCAACAGCCCUUCUUCACGAACUCGACUCUUCUUUUUUCUCCAAAAAAAGGCUAAAGGUUUCAAAUUUUGAAUACCAACAUCAAGAUUCACGUAUAUGUCUUGGCAAUCAUGAUGAUAUUGCCUCAUCCAUGCAGCCUACUGCAGAAGGGUACUCUUCUCAUGGGUGUCCGGAUCUCGGUCAUGUUUCUCCGACUUGCUGUAAUUUGGAUGAAAAAUUUGUUUCAAGUUCUGCAAUGGAGAUGAACUGCCAGUCAAAUGGAAAUGGCAGUGAGAUUCCACAGCCCUGUAGUUCAGGGGGGACUUCAUACCAGGAGAAGAGUUAUUCUACAUUUGUACCGCCUGCUUUUGUGAGUGGCUGGAUGUACCUUAAUGAACAAGGGCAAAUGUGUGGCCCCUAUAUUCAGCAGCAGUUGUACGAGGGUUUAUCUACUGGUUUCUUGCCGGAUGAGCUUCCUGUGUAUCCUGUGGUAAAUGGGUCGUUGAUGAACCCUGUACCAUUGAAGUACUUCAAGGAGUUUCCUGAUCAUGUUGCCACUGGUUUUGCAUAUCUGAGAAUGGGAACCUCAAGCACAACCACUUCAACAAAUUGUCUUACCUCUUGCCCUAGUGUUUAUUCAGAGUUACAGUCAGUUUCCCAAUUACCUGCCAACAGCAGUUAUAGGUCAAAUCGGCUGAUGUUAAACUUUGAUGCUGUUAAUAUUACAUCGUAUCAGCUACCGUCAGGUGAUGAGUCUUGUUGGUUGUACGAGGAUGAUGAGGGGAAGAAACUUGGGCCACAUUCUCUUUUAGAACUACAUUCUUGGCAUCACUAUGGAUAUUUCCCGGAUUCAUUAAUGAUAUAUCAUAUUGAAAAUAAGUUUAAACCCUUAACCUUGCUAUCUAUGAUAAAUGCAUGGAAUACUGGUGGACAUGAAACUGUCUCCACAUCUGUUGCAAAAACCAAUGAGACUAGCCCUUCGCUAUGCUUCAUUUCUGAAAUUUCUGAAGGAGUUUCUUCCCAACUGCAUUCUGGCAUUAUGAAAGCGGCUCGUAGAGUUGUGCUAGAUGAGAUUAUCAGCAACGUUAUGGGAGAGUUUGUUACUAUAAAGAAAGCUCAAAGACGUCUUAAGCUUGACUCGGUUAAUCAGGCUGCCCAAACUUGCUCUUUGAAUGGCACAAUGUCUGAAAUUGCUGGGGAAAUGAAGGAUUGUGCUUCGUCUGCAUGUGAGGCUGCAGCCUCUAUUUCUAAUGCUUACCAGACACGAAUUGAUAAAACCUCAACAAAAUGUCCAGCAAACACUAAAUCUGUUGGAAGCGUUGAAAACUUUUGGGGUUCUUAUACAGUUGUUCGUGGAAUGCUCUUUGAUUAUUGCAUGCAAGUCAUGUGGAAUGCUGUCUUUUAUGAUACUGUAGCAGAGUAUACCUCUGCCUGGAGAAAGAGAAAAGUUUGGUCAGGCUAUCCAAAAUUUAAGAUACCUGUUGGUGAAUUUAGGGAUCGUGGCCAGAAGCCUGAAACACAAACUGAUGAAGAUUUGCUGCCCUGGAAAGAAUCUGCCUGUGAUGUUGAUUGCCCUCCUGGUUUUGAACUGGCGGCAAUGGUUACGGAUGAUCAUGCCCAGUCAACAACCAUCAUGUCCUCGUCAGCUCUUGUAGGUGGAAGUUCAACUACAGAGAAAUGCUCGUUAUCCACUGAUCAUAUAUAUUCAGACAUGACAUGUAUCUUAAAAUGUGUAGAAGAUGAGCUUCAUUUUUCUGCGAAGGUGUCUUUGGCAGAAUAUCUUGAAAGUUUUGUGGAGGAGGAAGUGAGGAAAUCCUUCAACUCUCGAGAGGAUGACAAACUGAAUGAGAAUACUGUUGAUUCUCUCAUUCAGUGCCUUGAUACAAGUGAAUAUGGUUCUCCAGACAUUUGUGAUGAGUUAAGGACCGGUGGAACUGAAACAUCUAACAAUUAUCUGUCACAAGCCGCAAAACCCAUUAAUCAGUCUUUAUCUGAAAAUUGUAUGUCAAAUUUGUUGGAAAAAGUGUUUAAGGAUUUGUGCACACAUCUUGAUGAUAUAGUUGAUCACAAAGACAUUGAUGAGCCACCAACCCCUGGAUUUGAAGAUAAUCCAAAAACUCUUGUUCCAUCGCAUAUAUGUAAGUUUCGACCCUCGAAGUCGGAUGAAUGUAUCCCCAAGAUUGGAGAAUAUGUUGCAAUGGCAAUGUGUCGGCAGAAGUUGCAUGACGAUGUUCUUAGAGAAUGGAAAUCCUCGUUCAUUGAUACUUCUCUUCAUCAGUGUCUUAUAUCAUGGCAUGCUUCAAAGAACCCCUGUGAACCUGAUGGCAAUGAGGAAGGAGCAUUCGAUGCAAGUAAAUCACAUGCUGGUGAUUCUCCUACUUUAAUAGGCAAGCACAUUCAUGGUCCUGGCUCUUCGAAAGUUCCCCAGGUGAUUGGAAAAUAUACAUAUUUCCGCAAGAAAAAGUUGCCAAGGAAAAAGUUGGGAUCUUCUCAGCAUCCAGUUCCACUUGAUGCUGGAGCAAGGGGUCAAUCUGCUGAAAAGUCUAGGAAACAUGCUGCUGGUGACGUGUCUGAGACUGUAGAAGUUCAAAUUGCUGUUGUGAGCCCUAAAAAGCUGGGACCAAAUAAAAGCCGGACUGAAUUAUCUGUAAAUGCUAAGUCCGCACGAGUCAUUAUUAAAAGUAGUCUGCCUGGUGAUCGGUCAUCAACCAAGAAGACAAGUGGUCAAAAAGGAAUGAAGGUUGCUCGUACAGUUCAAAAUAAUAAGGUCUCAAAAGAUGCUGCUAAACCUAGCAGGGAUAGAGCUUCGGCCUUAUUUAAGAAUUGUAAUGAUAUUGAGAAGUUUGUUGAUCGCAAUGGCCAUGACGUUGCAAGUCAGGAAGAGUUUAGUGCAACUAGAGUGUCAAAGAUAAAAAGAAAGCAUCUAAUGGAUAGUGUGCCAUCGACGCGUCCCACUAAGGUUUCAAAAGCCGCUGAGGGAGCUGCCAAACAAGCAGCAUGUAGAGAGGUUGCAGUACAAAAGACCAAGUCCAGUAAAUCCAGGACAUUAAAGCCCUGCCCUAGAUCUGAUGGUUGUGCUCGGUCAUCAAUUAAUGGCUGGGAAUGGCAUAGAUGGUCGCUGAGUGCAAGCCCUGCUGAAAGAGCUCGUGUGAGGGGAGUUCAGUCUGUUCAUACCAAGUAUUUUGGUCCUGAGGUGAACGCUUCUCAGUGGUCAAAUGGUAAGGGUCUUUCAGCAAGAACAAACAGGGUGAAGCUGCGCAAUCUUCUUGCUGCUGUGGAGGGUGCUGACCUUUUGAAAUCCACUCAAUUAAAGGCAAGGAAGAAGCGCCUACGGUUCCAGCGCAGCAAGAUACAUGAUUGGGGUCUUGUUGCCCUAGAGGCAAUUGAGGCAGAUGACUUUGUCAUUGAAUAUGUCGGAGAACUAAUUCGUCCCAGGAUAUCUGAUAUACGUGAACGUCAUUAUGAGAAGAUGGGAAUUGGCAGCAGUUAUCUUUUUAGACUUGAUGAUGGUUAUGUGGUUGAUGCUACAAAGCGUGGCGGAAUUGCUAGAUUUAUAAACCAUUCUUGUGAGCCUAACUGCUACACCAAGGUCAUAACUGUUGAAGGACAAAAAAAGAUUUUCAUUUAUGCAAAACGGCAUAUAGCUGCUGGUGAAGAAAUUACUUACAAUUACAAGUUUCCUUUGGAGGAGAAAAAAAUCCCCUGCAACUGCGGUUCUAGGAAGUGCCGUAGAUCAAUGAAUUAGGAAAUUGUUUGAGUUGCCAAUCCUGUGAUUUUGCAGGCCAUUCUUUUGGAUUUUGGUUCUGAUAAUGUUGAGUUGGCUAUGAUCUUGCCGUAGAAAUUUCCUGCUGCGGAGAAUUUGUAUUGUUGGUUGCAUGUUAUGCAUCAUGGCAUACACUUAAACAGACUCAGCUGGAAUUUUAGUGCUCUAAUGGGGCACAGAAAGUUCCCAUGGUCAUGUAGGCAUCAUGGCAUGUACUCAGGAGAUUCUUUUGGAAUUUUAUUGCCGUAGUGAGGCAUAGAAGGUGUUUCUGGUGAUGUUGGCUAGUUGCUUUUGCUACAAAUUUGGCUUGGCUCUCUUGGAGGUGUUGGGGUAUUCGCCUGCUGUUAGUAGUUUCACACUAACAUGAUGAAUGAGUUGGAGCAGAGUCCUUUGGUAGGGUUUAUCAUCAGUUGCGACACAGCUCAUAGGUGUAAACAAAAGCUGGAUAAUGUGAUUAUGGUGGUCGUUAUUGUUUAGACUUCUGCCUACUUGUCGAAGAUGAAUUACUGACCCAUGUGCAUUCUUGUAGAUAUCUCUCUGUUGCAGAUGAGUUUCUCCCCUUAGAAACUGUAAAUCAGUUUAUUGUUUUCUUUGCCACAUGACAUUUUGGAAUAUCAAUUUUUUGUACAAACAUGCAUUAUUCUUUUUUCUUCCAAUAUAUACAAAAAAAAAAAGUGUCAAACAUUGGAAUACCAAUGUUAUGUUGGUUAUUUAUAGUUACUAGUAAAAACUGUUCUUUCCAUGCAACUCAAAACUGUGUAUUGACUUUGCCUCUUGUGUUAUAUGUUGAAAAAGAAAAAAGAAAAGAAAGGAAUUAAACUGGAA